CCGAUUGGCCUGAUGUGAUAACGUGCUGAAAAAAAGUAAGAGAAAGACGUAAAAAUGGCAUCUACUUCUCCCGCCAAAAAUGGACCAAAGAAAGCGGCUAAACCGCCACCUAGCCAUCCACCAACAAUUGAAAUGGUAAAAGAUGCUUUAGAAGCAAUAAAUGAACCUAAAGGUGUACCUGCUUCUGCUAUUAAAAACUAUAUUUGUGAAAAGUACAAAGACAUUAAUCCAAAUUCGUUAAAACCCAGACUUCGUCAAGCUCUCACCAAAGGUUUAGAGAAAGGCAUCAUUGUCCAAACAAAAGCAACAUUAGAAAAGCCUGUUUUAAUGAGUAGAUUCAAGCUUGUCAAAGAGAAAACAAAAAAGGUGAAGAAAACUACGGAAGAGACGGUCAAGAAAACAACCAAAGUUAAAACUUCAACAGAGAAGAAAACCACAACAAAAAAGGCUACAGAAAAAGUGAAGGCAACAAAAUCGCCCAAAAAGACUGCAACCAAAGAAAAGAAAGAAACGAAACCAAAGAAGGCCAGAUCACCAGCUAAGACGAAAACGACAAAAGCAGCUAAACCAGUGAAAGCAGUUCCAAAGACUCCAAAGACUCCAAAGACACCUAAAACACCAAAGUCAAAGAAAACUGCCAAGAAAUAGUGAGAGCCUGGGACAACAAAUUUGGUGCAAUGCUUUGAAUGUUUUAUGAAUUUUUAACAUUAACUAAUUUUAAUUUGUCUGAAUGAUUUAACAUGUGCUGAUGGAUAAAUGUGCUUCAUAUUCGUAUUUUAAAACAAAAAUAUCAAUUUUAAUAUUAAAAUGUAUAAACUAAA